GAGAGAUAUAAAUAUAAAUAUGGAGGGAGCUCUCUCUGCGUAUGCGUAUGGUUCUGUGUGUGGCUCUGUGUCCGAUACGGAAUGAGAGAAUCGCGCGGACAACAAGAAAGGAAGAUAAUUCCACUCCCUAAACUCUCCUCCAAUUCGGGAUCUCUCUAGGGUUUCCUCUCUCUCUCUCUCUCUCUCUAUCUACCUUCUUCAAUUUCAUCUCACGCGAUGGCGUGGAAUUCGUUCUAUCUGCAUUUUGAGAUUUUUCGUUGAAGAAACGAGUAUCGCUGGUUGAUUAGAGGAAGGAAAUGGAUUCGGCGAGGAGUUGGUUUCAGAAGCUUCAACCGCGAGAUAAGUUGAGAAGUUCGACUAGGAAGAAGGAUUCUUUAUCUGGUGAUAUUGACGAAAUGGAUCCCCAAAUGGAUGAGGAAGCGCUUUCCAAUAUCACGAAGCAGAAGGUAGCUGCCGCUAAGCAGUAUAUUGAGAAUCAUUACAAGGAGCAAAUGAAGAAUCUGCAGGAGAGAAAGGAGCGGAGAAAUAUUUUGGAAAAGAAAUUGGCUGAUGCUGAUGUCUCUGAAGAAGACCAAAACAACCUUCUUAAAUUUUUGGAGAAGAAGGAAACUGAAUACAUGCGCCUACAAAGGCAUAAAAUGGGUGCUGAUGAUUUUGAGUUACUGACAAUGAUUGGCAAGGGUGCAUUUGGGGAGGUUCGUGUCUGUAGGGAAAAGACAACUGGUCAUGUAUAUGCUAUGAAAAAGCUGAAGAAAUCAGAAAUGCUUCGUAGGGGUCAGGUUGAGCAUGUUAAAGCUGAAAGGAAUCUGCUCGCUGAGGUGGACAGCAUAUAUAUCGUCAAACUUUACUGUUCAUUUCAAGAUGAUGAAUAUCUUUAUCUUAUUAUGGAAUAUUUACCUGGAGGGGAUAUGAUGACUUUGCUUAUGAGAAAGGACACUUUGACUGAAGAUGAAGCUCGAUUUUAUAUUGCAGAAACUAUUUUGGCUAUUGAAUCUAUUCAUAAGCACAAUUACAUUCAUAGGGAUAUUAAGCCUGACAAUCUGCUACUUGAGCGAUAUGGACACCUGAAGCUGUCAGAUUUCGGGCUAUGUAAACCGUUAGACUGCAGUAACCUCCAAGAGGACUUUUCAAUAGCGAACAAUCCAAUUGGGGUUGCACAAAGCGAUCAGAAUCCAGCACGCACCCAGCAAGAACAACUGCAACAUUGGCAGAAGAAUAGGAGGAUGCUUGCUUAUUCUACUGUCGGCACACCCGAUUAUAUCGCUCCAGAGGUUCUGUUGAAAAAAGGUUAUGGGAUGGAAUGUGAUUGGUGGUCACUUGGUGCUAUUAUGUUUGAAAUGCUGGUUGGGUACCCACCUUUUUAUUCUGAUGAUCCAAUGUCGACUUGCAGGAAGAUAGUUAAUUGGAGAACUCACUUGAAAUUCCCGGAAGAAGCAAAGCUAUCUCAAGAGGCAAAAGAUCUUAUUACUAAACUCUUGUGUAAUGUCAACCACAGACUAGGAUCAAGAGGCGCAGACGAAAUAAAGGCUCAUAGUUGGUUUAGAGGUGUUGAAUGGGACAAGCUCUAUCAGAUGGAAGCUGCAUUUAUCCCUGAAGUCAAUGAUGAAUUAGAUACUCAAAACUUUGAAAAGUUUGAAGAGUCGGAAAAUCAAACAAAUACUUCAUCCAAAACUGGUCCUUGGAGAAAGAUGCUUUCUUCCAAGGACCUCAAUUUUGUGGGGUACACGUAUAAAAAUUUUGAAAUCAUCAACGAUUAUCAAGUUCCUGGGAUGGCUGAGUUGAAGAAAAAAACAAACAAGCCGAAGCGACCAUCAAUUAAAACCCUUUUUGAUGGUGACUCGGAGUCAUCCGAAUCAUCAGAUACACCGGCCAGUGAUCAAUCAAUGCAAGGGAGUUUUUUGAACCUCUUGCCUCCUCCAUUAGAAGUUCCCGAGGAUCAAAAGAGCCCCUAAUCUUGCCGGUCUAUUUGAUGGCACAGGAGCUUGUUUUGGGGGCCAAAGUUUACUUACUUUCGAGUGCUUAGAUAUGUAAUUCUUGAUGCUGUUACUGCUGCUGCCCAUGCAUGAAACUUUUUCAAUGGCCUUAUCAGCUGAUAAGGCUGGAGCUUUGAGGUUUUAUUCACCAAAGGGCCCCCAUCAAGGCCUGAAACAAAGGUGCUUGUAGUCGAAGAAGCCUACUAAUCACACCGUUGACACGCAACCGAAGAACAGGUCCUGUAAGUUUUUUUAAUAUUUUUUUCCUAUGUUGAAAAAGUGCAGAUGCAGACAGAGAACUUGGAAGUAGACUCAUUCUAAUUCAUUCUCUACUGAUACGUGUUUUUUUUUUUUUAUUCAAUCUUUUUUCUUUAGUUUCCAAUUCUGUUGUUCUAAGUCAACCUAUUACUAGUAGUUACCAAAUGUUGUACAAAGAUAUGCCUGAGAACUCAUACCAUGUAAUAGUCUGUUGUUCCAAUUCUAAUAAUGAGAGACAAUUUGUUCGGCUAAAAA